AGCAUCGUCAUGACAGAGGCUGGCCGAGGAUCGUGGUACGAUGCCGAGGGGCGGCCGAUGGAUGCUUACGUCGUGGGAGUGGCCGGUGGCUCGGCAUCGGGCAAGACGUCGGUAGCAAAGUCCAUACUACGAGCAUUGCCAAACGUUCCCUGGGUGGCCAUCGUCUCUCAGGAUUCCUUCUACAAGUCGCUCGACGCGCAGCAGAGCAGAUUGGCCCACGCAAACAAUUACGACUUUGAUCAUCCCAACGCCUUCGAUUACAAGAUCUUGUACGAGUGUGUCAGGGAUCUGAAAAGAUCCAGAGCGGUAGAGAUCCCGACGUACAGCUUUGUAGAGCAUCAGCGAAUGAAGCAGACCAGCUACAUGUACGGCGCAACGGUGCUGAUCGUCGAAGGCAUAUUUGUGCUGCACGAUCCCGCCAUUCGAGACUUGCUGGACCUCAAGAUAUUUGUGCAGGCAGACAGCGACUUGAUGCUGGCCAGGAGGAUACGCAGGGACAUUGCUGAGCGUGGCAGAGACGUCGGAGGAGUGCUGGAUCAGUACUUGCGCUUCGUCAAGCCAAGCUACGACAAUUUCGUCUCCGCCACAUCUAAAUACGCAGACAUCAUUGUGCCAGGACAGAGGAAUGAGGUCGCGAUCGACGUCAUCUCACAACACAUCAAGCGGCAGUUGUCAUCUCGAGCUACGCGGCUGCGCUCAGAGCUGUCAAUGACCCCUGCAACUCCACGCAGGGAAGUCCGACAAUCGCCCUUCGAGAUGAGCCCGUUGCCAAUGGCGCGGACAGGCUCCAGCGCUCUUGCGAUUCCCGAGGACCAGCUUCCUCCCAAUGUGGAUCUGCUCGCUCAGACCCCGCAACUGCAGGCUCUCCUCACUACGAUGCACGACAAGACGGUCAGGGGCGAGGAUUUCAUCUUUACCAUCGACCGCGUAGCAGCGCUGGUACUGGAACGCGCCACUGUCCAUCUACCCCACCGCGAAAAGAAGAUCACACUUUUCUCGGGGAAGAGUCACAUUGGAUGCGAAGUAGCUGCGGAAAACAUCUGCUCCGUGUCGAUUUUGAGGAGCGGGGCAAUCUUGGAACCUUCUGCCAGGCGAGCCAUUCCAGCUUUGCAAGCAGGCUCUCUGCUCAUCCAAUCAGAUAGGGAAGGGGAACCGAAGCUGUACACUGUCGAUCUGCCUCGAUUCCUUCGCAGUCCAACGAACGCCCAAUCGGCUUGGGUGCUGCUAUUAGACUCUCAAUUGGGCACGGGAGCAGCAGCCUUGAUGGGCGUUCGGGUGCUGCUGGAUCAUAAUGUCAAGGAAGAGCACAUCAUCUUUGUCACGCUGCUCGCAUCUGCACGAGGUGGUGUGCAUGCCCUUCAUCGAGCAUUCCCAAGAGUCAAAAUCGUCGUGGGAGGGGUGGACCCGGAUCUGAAGAGGAGGGUUGUACCU